CGCAGGAGCCCUCUGUGAACAAGUUGGAGGCAGAGACGAGGAGGACGGCAAGGAGAGAGCCGAGCCGGGCCCCCACUGACCAGCGGCGCGGGGCAGCACUGUGCCCUGCCACACCGAGGGCCAGACCCGGGGCGGCCCUCCUGGCAACCCUGCUCCUCCAGCAGGAUGCUUUGGGAUUGAGGCCGCUCCUCACCCCUGCAGCCCCCUCCUCCCUUCCGUUCUCCCGAGGCUCCCAGAGACGGCAGCUGUCGUCCCUGCUCCCCUACUCGGCGCUUGCCCCAUUUGGGGUCCCGCAAAGUCUCUCUGUUAAUGAGAGGUCAGUGAGGAGGACUUCCUGGAGGGGGUGGCUGCCCAGAGCUCAGGACUGUGCCCACACCCGCAGGCAUCAGCAGCAAGGACACCAUGUGGCUUCUGAGCGCCAUGCCAGCUCCUGUCCUCAAAGGCUGGGUGCUGCUGCUGCCGCUGCUGUUGCUGCUGGGACCACAGGCCUCCUGGGGCCUGGUCGUCACACCUCCGGGGCCAGAGCUUGUCCUCAAUAUCUCCAGCACCUUCAUUCUGACCUGCUCGGGCCCAGCUCCGGUGGUGUGGGAACGCAUGUCCCAGAAGCCCCUGCAGAAAACGGCCAAGAACCAGGAUGGCACCUUCUCCAGCACACUAACACUGACCAAUGUCACUGGGCUAGACACGGGGGAAUACUUUUGCACUUACACAAGCUCCCAUGGGCCGGAGCCUGCUGAACGAAAACGGCUCUACAUCUUUGUGCCAGAUCCCACCAUAGGCUUUCUUCCGGUCUUCGCUGAGGACCUAUUCAUCUUUCUCACGGAAAUAACUGAGAUCACAAUUCCAUGCCGAGUGACCGAUCCGAGCCUGGUGGUGACACUGCAUGAGAAGAAAGUGGAUAUUCCGCUGCCCAUCCCCUACGACCACCAACGUGGCUUCACCGGUAUCUUCGAGGACAAGACCUAUGUCUGCAAAACCACCAUCGGGGACAGGGAAGUGGAUUCUGAAGCCUACUAUGUGUACAGUCUCCAGGUGUCAUCCAUCAAUGUCUCAGUGAAUGCAGUGCAGACUGUAGUCCGCCAGGGUGAGAACAUCACCAUCAUGUGCAUUGUGACCGGAAAUGAGGUGGUCAACUUUGAAUGGACAUACCCACGCAUGGAGAGCGGGCGGCUGGUAGAGCCAGUGACUGACUUCCUCUUCAAUAUGCCCUCCCACAUACGCUCCAUCCUACACAUCCCUAAUGCCGAGCUUGGCGAUUCAGGGACCUACAUCUGCAAUGUGUCGGAGAGUGUGAAUGACCAUCGAGAUGAAAAGUCCAUCAAUGUCACUGUGGUUGAGAGUGGAUACGUGCAGCUGCUGGGAGAGCUGGACGCCGUACAAUUCGCCGAGCUGCACCGCAGCCGGACUCUGCAGGUGGUGUUCGAGGCCUACCCGCCGCCUACUGUCAUGUGGCUCAAGGACAACCGUACGCUAGGCGACUCCAACGCCGGCGAGAUCGCCCUGUCCACGCGCAAUGUGUCUGAGACCCGGUAUGUGUCAGAACUGACAUUGGUGCGGGUGAAGGUGGCUGAGGCUGGCCACUACACCAUGAGGGCCUUCCACGAGGACGCGGAAGCCCAGAUCUCCUUCCAGCUGCAGGUCAAUGUGCCUGUCCGUGUGCUGGAGCUGAGUGAAAACCAUCCUGCCAGCGGGGAGCAGACAGUCCGUUGUCGCGGCCGGGGCAUGCCCCAGCCACACCUCACCUGGUCUACCUGCAGUGACCUCAAAAGAUGUCCGCGCGAGCUGCCGCCCACGCCCCUGGGGAACAGUUCCGAGGAGGAGAGCAAGCUGGAGACUAACGUCACGUACUGGCCUGAGGAUCAGGAGUUCGAGGUGGUGAGCACACUGCGCCUGCGUCGUGUGGAUCAGCCUCUGUCCGUGCGCUGCACUCUGCACAACCUGCUGGGCCACGACAUGCAGGAGGUCACCGUGGUGCCACAUUCUCUGCCUUUCAAGGUGGUGGUGAUCUCAGCCAUCCUGGCCUUGGUGGUCCUCACAGUCAUCUCCCUCAUCAUCCUCAUCAUGCUCUGGCAGAAGAAGCCGCGUUAUGAGAUCCGAUGGAAGGUGAUCGAAUCUGUGAGCUCUGAUGGCCACGAGUACAUCUACGUGGACCCUAUGCAGCUGCCCUAUGACUCUACCUGGGAGCUGCCACGGGACCAGCUUGUGCUGGGACGCACCCUCGGCUCCGGAGCCUUCGGGCAGGUGGUGGAGGCCACAGCUCACGGCCUGAGCCAUUCCCAGGCCACGAUGAAAGUGGCGGUCAAAAUGCUGAAAUCCACAGCCCGCAGCAGCGAGAAGCAAGCCCUCAUGUCGGAGCUGAAGAUCAUGAGUCACCUUGGACCCCAUCUGAACGUGGUCAACUUGUUGGGGGCCUGCACCAAAGGAGGGCCCAUCUACAUCAUCACGGAAUACUGCCGCUAUGGCGACCUGGUGGACUACCUGCACCGCAACAAGCACACCUUCCUGCAGCGCUGCUCGGACAAGCGCCGCCCGCCCAGCGCCGAGCUCUACAGCAACGCCCUGCCCGUGGGGCUCCCUCUGCCCAGCCAUGUGUCCCUGCCUGGGGAGAGUGACGGUGGCUACAUGGACAUGAGCAAGGACGAGUCGGUGGACUACGUGCCCAUGCUGGACAUGAAAGGAGGCAUCAAAUAUGCAGACAUCGAGUCCUCCAGCUACAUGGCCCCUUAUGACAACUACGUCCCCACAGCUCCCGAGAGGACCUGUCGGGCUACUCUGAUCAACGAGUCCCCAGUGCUGAGCUACACGGAUCUUGUGGGCUUCAGCUACCAGGUGGCCAAUGGCAUGGAGUUCCUGGCCUCCAAGAACUGCGUCCACCGGGAUCUGGCAGCCAGGAACGUGCUCAUCUGCGAGGGCAAGCUGGUCAAGAUCUGUGACUUCGGCCUGGCUCGUGACAUCAUGCGGGACUCAAACUAUAUCUCCAAAGGCAGCACCUUCCUGCCUCUGAAGUGGAUGGCUCCUGAGAGCAUCUUCAACAGCCUCUACACCACCCUGAGUGACGUGUGGUCCUUCGGGAUCCUACUCUGGGAGAUCUUCACCCUUGGUGGCACCCCUUACCCAGAGCUGCCCAUGAACGAGCAGUUCUAUAAUGCUAUCAAGCGGGGUUACCGCAUGGCCCAGCCUGCCCAUGCCUCUGAUGAGAUCUACGAGAUCAUGCAGAAGUGCUGGGAAGAGAAGUUUGAGAUCCGGCCUCCCUUCUCCCAGCUGGUGCUGCUUCUCGAGAGGCUGCUGGGUGAGGGGUACAAAAAGAAGUACCAGCAGGUGGAUGAGGAGUUUCUGAGGAGUGACCACCCAGCCGUCCUUCGGUCCCAAGCCCGCUUUCCUGGCUUCAACGGACUCCGGUCUCCCCUGGACACCAGCUCUGUGCUCUACACUGCGGUGCAGCCCAACGAGGGUGACAACGACUAUAUCAUCCCCCUGCCUGACCCCAAACCCGAGAUGGCUGAUGAAGGCCCCCUGGAGGGUUCGCCUAGCCUUGCCAGCUCCACCCUGAAUGAAGUCAACACCUCCUCCACCAUCUCCUGUGACAGCCCCCUGGGACCCCAAGAGGAGCCCGAGCCAGAGCCCCAGGUGGAGCCAGAGCCACCGCUGGAUUCAAGCUGCCCUGGGCCUCGGGCUGAGGCGGAGGACAGCUUCCUGUAGGCGGCUGGCCCCACCUCACCCCGCCUGGAGCUCCCCCUCUACCUCCCAGCACCCAGCGCCUCCCGGCCUGGCCUGGCCUCCCAUCAGCUGUCCCUUUCUAGAAAGCUUCUGCUGUGGGCCUGUGGCACCCACCCACUGGGGCUGGCUUAGGGGGCCAGAGGACUGCUGGGGCCAUGGCCAGCCCUCUGCCUCUGGGGAAGCCCUGUGACUGGGAGCCGGGGUUCUCCCAGGGCACUGAGUUUCUCCGUCUACAGGAUGGGAAAGAUGGGCUCGGUGCCCCAGAAUCCAGACUCUCUCCCUGGCUGACAGGUGGGAGGCUGGAAUCACUAGAGAGAUUCUCGAGGUUCCGGAGGGGUGAGUUAGCUUUUUCUCUUGAGCCGGCUCCCCCUCAAGGAGCUGUAGCUUUCUCCUUGCACUUUCACACACCUAAGAGCUGGGGAAGGGACCCUGGCAUCCCUGGCUCCUGGUGAGCUGGUCUUGGCCUUGGACAGUGGUGUUAGUCCAGAAGCCACCGCCCCUUAAUGCCAGUCUCUGCUUUCCCAGGCCCGAGCCGGUCUGGGGCCAUCCAUGUUUAAUUGCUGUCGCAGGCACUGGGGCGCAUCUCCCCACACAAAGUGCCCAUGUUCCUGUCUUCCCGGCCCCGUGAGUGCGGGGGUCUUUUUCCUUUUCACCACCAGUCUUACUUCACCCAUCAGUCCCAGGGGCCAGGCGGGCCCCACAUCUGUGACGAGCGUGCUGAUGUGCCUGCCAGAGAUGUCCACACGUGUGGACCAGUCUGUGCCUCGGACCCGACACAGGACCCUGGAGCGAUCCCUCAUGCUCUCUGGACCUGUUUGCCCUGUUGGGAAACGAGCAAGGUGGACUCGUUGACUUCUGGUGCCCUGCCAGCACUAACAUUCUAGAGUUUUCCAGGGGGGUGGCACACUUGCCCAGAUGAAGCAAAGCCAAAUGCCCCGUCCUAGGCAUCAGCUGGGGCUGGGGAGAUUUCAGACUAUGCAUCACACUCUGGGCAUUCAGGAACCAUGCCCCUUCCCCAGAGUCCUGGCAAGUCCCCGAAGGCCAGCUGGCCAGGUCUUGACUCGAAGUGACAGUCAGUGUCUUGGAAAGCCCCCAGCAGCUGCCCCAUGGGAAGACUAUGGAACCCCUUUCAGGCCCACAAUGACCUCUGGAGCCUUCCUGAAAGAAGGAAGGAGGGAGGGCAGAGCAGACCACCUCAUGCAGGCUGUCUCUGCAGUACCUGCUGUCCGGGUCUGUGCCACAAACAUAAUGGACACUGAGUGGCCCGCGGUUCCCCCAGAAAUGACAAGAAGGCUCUAAGGGAAGCUGAGAAGGGGUGCAAGAGGCAGAUACUUUGGGGGUUGCCUUCUCACCUGCCAGCUGCCCGGUCCCUGAGGGAGUAGCCAUGGGUUAUGGAUUUGUCCCUGCCCAGGCCGCUCACUGCGCUCUCUCUGCCAGCCCCGCCCCAGCCUAGUGGGCAUUGGAGGUGCCAGGGGAGCGGGGGCUGUGGCCAAGACUGCUGGCAGGAGGAGAGCUGGGAGUGAGGGGAGGGCAGCCCAGCACCGCCGGGGCACCAGCCCCCUCUGCCCAUCCAGGAGACGGAGUGGGUUCUCACUACGGUACCAAAGAUGUAAUCACCUAGGUUUACAAGUAUUUUUAGGACUCACAUUAACUCACAUUUAUACAGCAGAAGUGCUAUUUUAUAUGCCAUCAAAUUUUCUUAUCUGUGUACUUUCUUUUUUUUUUUUUUAAGGGAAAGAUUUUAAUAUUAAACCUGGUGCUUCUCACUCA